GGAAGACAGGAGCAAUGUCAUAGGAAUAGCUGGGGCCAUCAACGGGCAGACAGCGAGGUACCAAAUCAUAAGCAGCCAAAGUCAGGAGCAGAGCCGAAUCAGGAUCAGAGCCGAAGUCAGGAACAAGUAUCAAGCAGGAGAGUAAUCAGAGUCAGGUCAGGAACAAGCCGGGUCAGCAACAAGGAAAUCACACAGGAAUGAGCAGAAAAUGGGGAACAGCUGAAGACCAGUCAGCACAGGCAGAGGCAC